AGUUCGUUGGUUAGGAACCAAGCACUGGAUUGGGAGUUAGAGGGAAGGAUACACAGGUGUCGUUUGGAAUUCCGAAAAGUGCGCUUGUGGUGUCUGUGAAUUCAAAAUCAUAUAAAGUGCCUCGAAAAUGGGAAGUUUCCACAAAAGUUGUCCCAUGAACGGGAAAGUGGCUCCACGCAUCCACGUGAACGGUGAUUUUGAGUCGUAUUUUGUGCGGCCCGAUCUGGAAUCCCGGUGUACCUGGAAGCUUGGAACACGGCAAGCUAGUCCCCAUCAGAACAAAUCCCCAGUCCACCAUGACAAGGCCAUCAAUAACAUCCUGGAAGCGAUUGGGAACACCCCGCUUGUUAAGUUGAAUAAACUUCCCAAACAAUUUGGCGUCAAAUGUAACGUUUACGCCAAGUGCGAAUUCCUCAACCCAGCGGGUUCGGUCAAGGAUCGCAUCGGGUUGCGCAUGAUUGAGGAAGCCGAGCAGAAGGGACUUCUCCGGCCGGGUUCCACCAUCAUCGAGCCUACGUCCGGCAACACCGGUAUUGGACUCGCGCUGGGUGCAGCCGUCAAGGGCUACAAGUGUCUCAUCGUUAUGCCGGAAAAAAUGUCGAACGAAAAGGCGGAUACACUGACGGCGCUCGGGGCGAAGGUCGUUCGCACUCCCACCGAGGCAUCCUUCGACUCGCCGGAAGGACUGAUUGCGGUGGCACAACGACUGCAGCGGGAGAUACCAAACUCGAUCAUCCUCAAUCAGUAUACCAAUGCGGGUAAUCCACUGUCACACUACGACGGAACCGGGGCCGAAAUUGUACGGCAACUGAAUGGUAAAGUUGAUAUGGUGGUGAUGGGUGCGGGGACAGGGGGGACUGCCACUGGGUUGGGCAGAAAGUUGAAGGAAGCAAACCCAGCCUGCAAAGUGAUUUGUUCGGAUCCAUUUGGAUCGAUCAUGGCCUUCCCGGAACAUUUAAACAAGACGGAAUGUAAGUUUUGGGAAGUUGAGGGAGUGGGUUAUGACUUCAUACCGACAGUACUGGAUCGAUCAGUUGUGGAUCAGUGGAUCAAAUACAAUGACAAAGAUGCGCUGACCACGGCCAGGAAACUGAUCGCUGAAGAAGGUCUGCUUUGCGGGGGUAGUGCUGGUGGAAACACAUAUGUUGCGCUUCAAGCCGCAAAAUCGCUGAAGGAAGGUCAAAAUUGUGUAGUCAUUUUGCCGGACAACAUCCGUAAUCACCUUACGAAGUUCGUAUCGGAUAAUUGGAUGGAAGCAAGAAAUUUAAAAGAGAGCGUAAAUGUUCACAAUCAUAAAUGGUGGAAUCUGCCAAUCUACUCUAUCAAAAUGGCUAACCCAGUAACGAUAACACCGGAGGUGUCGAUAAAGGAAGCGGUGAACAUUCAAAAGAUUCUCCACUUCAACCAGAUCCCGGUUAUCAACAACGAUGGUUCCAUCCGGGGUGUUGUUUAUUUGGCGAACCUUGUGAGCAAAUUGAUGAAUGCUGCUGUCAAGCCCACGGAUCCAGUUUCGAAGGCUAUUUUCAAACAGUUCGUCAAGAUCGAUCGUGACUGCACGGUUGGAAGGGCUGCGCGAAUCCUGGAGAAGGAUCCGUUCGUGUUGGUGAUUGAGCACGAGAAAAUACACACUGACGAGGGCAAAUUUGAAACACGGGAAAAAGUUGUGGGAAUCAUGACUCAGCGUGAUAUUCUAAACUUCAUCACAUCUGCCUAAGGAUCUGGGAUUGCUACUUCAUCGGAAGCAAUAUUUUAUUUAUAAAAGAAAAUAACUAUUUGAUUGUAGAUAUACAAGUAUAUAAUGAAAAUAAAAAUCAAAAAUUAA